GCAACUUUAUCAACUUUUCUUUUUUUUUUCUUUUUCCCCCUCCUCUCUCGCACCGCGAUUAAAACAUAUUUGUCAUCAUCAUUAUUGUUUUGCCCGCUGUCAAGUGCUUGCAAAAUGAGGGCGUAAUGAGCGUGGAUGCGCCGGGAAGCCCCGCGAUGGACCCUGCCUUCUCCAAACGGAACGCGGCGCUGAGAUUAGUUGACUUGGCGGGGGCUCAGCACCGCCACCAUCAUCACCACCCUGCCCCUCAGAGCGUGACAGGCUUCCCGGGGUUCGGCAGCCAUCCACACUCAAUGGCUCACUCGCACCCUGGGGAGAUGACUGCGGAACCCCGCCUGGGGCCGAGUCCAUUCGGGCCAGAACACAUGGGGCACUCGGCGGCCCUCAAAAUCAGCCCAGCCCAUCAUUAUCCCCACCACCACCACCACCACAAUCAUCAUAUGGCAGGCCACAGCGAAGUGGUCUCCAGUCAAACGGGAGCUUUCGGCCCGCUUCAGGCGACCUACUCCAUGACGCACCCGGCCCAGGCUCUGUCGGCAGGUAGGGCAGACUUCCUCGUCCGGAGCCACCAAGCCAUGCCGGUUCUGGCCGAGCAGCCGCUCGGGUCCUCCGCCUCUCACCACGGCGUGUUUGUGUCGACAACAGGUAGCGGCUACCCGGCGCACUAUGACGCCGGCGGCCACGCGCUCUUCCCCGGGCUGCACCACGACCAGGCGUCCGGCGCCGCCCCGGCCGCCCCCGCCCUCAACGGACAAAUACGCUUGGGACUACCGGGGGACGUGUACGUGCGCUCCGAGCACCCCUUGACUCAGGUGGCGGCGGCGGCGGCCGGUCGCGCGGACCCCUUUACCGCCUCGCCGCUGCACGGCUACGGGGGACUCAACCUCAACGUCAACCUGCACGGCGCGCACCACGCUCACGCCCACGCGCACCCGCACGCCUCCGGAGCCUUCUUCCGCUACAUGCGGCAGCCCAUCAAGCAGGAGCUCAUCUGCAAGUGGCUGGAGCCUCACAGGUCCGGCAAGAACCUCUGCUCCAAGACCUACGGCACCAUGCACGAGCUGGUCACGCACGUCACCGUGGAGCACGUCGGGGGACCGGAACAGGCGAACCACAUCUGCUUCUGGGAGGAAUGCCCCCGGGAGGGCAAGCCCUUCAAGGCCAAGUACAAGCUGGUCAAUCACAUCCGAGUCCACACCGGGGAGAAGCCCUUCCCCUGCCCCUUCCCGGGAUGCGGGAAAGUCUUUGCUCGCUCGGAGAACCUCAAGAUCCACAAAAGGACGCACACGGGAGAGAAGCCGUUCAAGUGCGAGUUCUCAGGCUGCGAUCGUCGCUUCGCCAACAGCAGCGACCGGAAGAAGCACUCCCACGUGCACACCAGCGACAAGCCGUACACGUGCAAGGUGCGCGGCUGCGACAAGUCCUACACGCACCCCAGCUCCCUGCGCAAGCACAUGAAGGUGCACUGCAAGUCCCCCCCGCCCAGCUCCGGCUACGAGUCGUCCACGCCGUCCCUGGUGUCCCCGUCCUCGGACGUGGGCCGAGAGGCGGCCGGAGCCUCGUCGGAGCCGCCGGGGGGCUCCUCUCAGCCGGCCAACCUGAGCGAGUGGUACGUGUGUCACAGCUCGGGGGCCAGCGGGGCCCAGAGCGGGACCUCCACGCCGGACCCGGCCGAGGAGCCCCCCUACAGGAACCGGGAGCUCAGGGACUCCUUUUAGACCCGGACCCGCUGACCAAAUGACUCGAGAAGCUCUUCAAGUCCUGGCACAUGUGCUGUGUUUUUUUAUGGACCGUCGUGCGGUCUUUGUGAACUUUGUGGUACUUCAUGUAGACUUUAUAGGCAUGCUCAGUUUUUGUAAAUACUUUAAUUUAUUUUCCCAGCUGGUUUUGUAUCCAACGAACCAAAGUGCACGUUUUAAACGGAGGCCAAAUUGUACAUUUUGUAACAUUUUGUAAAGUUGUCCUUGUUAGUUUUGUACUGUUUUGUUUACACGCACACACACACACACACACACACACACACACACACACACACACACACACACACACACACACACACACACACACACACACACCGAGGCUUUACUUCCUUUCUUACAGACAGUGGAAUAAUGGUCACCAAGCGUGUGAAUUUAAUCCUCCUUGUUCUUCUUUGUUUUUCUUUCCAGCAUCGAGCAGCACUCCAACUCGCAUACCGAACUGCCUUGUCAUUUGUGAGUAUUUUCAAUAAAUCUUGACAUAAUCAAGUGAAACCCGAGUCGUUUGGCCUUUUUUCCACGUCUAAUGUGCUCAUUUCUAUUGAAUCGAACAUUCGGCUGCCUUUUCUUCAACUUCUAGCACUAACUCCAUCUUUCUUUUCAAGCUAAUUUCUAUUUUGCAGAAAGGGCCCGUCUGAGUGUUAGCGCUUUUUUUUCCUAUUCUUCUCCUCCAAAGGCGGCGUGUCGGUGUGAAGUGUUAACUCAGUUGUGCCGCAGACACGUCCGUGAAAAGCUGCGCCAUUCUGAUCCGGACUUCAAAGUGGACUGGGCCACAAAGGGCCAUGUUUUGUUAGGCCGGAGCAUCCUCACGGUGCAUUAAGACUUGUAUGGCGAUGGCCAAG